GAGCCCAAAACUGUCAAUACAGUGAAAUGACAAGAGAAAAAUAAAUUGAUAAUUUACAUCUUUUCGCUCUGUUUAUCUUAUAAGGAAAUUAGGGGCAUAUUUUGCAACUUUUCCAUUUUCUCCAAUUAAUUUCACCAUGAACUGCUAGUGGAGUAGACUUGAAGUGAGGGUUCCAGCAUGGGCUCUGUCUGGAAACGGCUCCAGAGAGUGAAUAAACGUGCGGCAAAGUUUCAGUUCACGGUGUCAUAUCAUCAGCUUGCAGUAGAAUUCACCUCAAAAUGGCAACCCCACAAACUUUCCUUAGUAUGGUCACGUAGGUCUAGAAGGGUGGCUUCCGCCCCAAUGGCUUGGGAGCCAACUCUUCAGAAUGCUUACAAGGGAUUAGUGGUUUGGCCGGUUCCAGAAAAUCAUCAAGUAGCUAUUACUUUAUUUAGAGACCCGAGAACUUCAGAAUUAGAAGACAAGGAAUGGUCAUUUAUUAUAGAAGAUGUCCCAACGACCGGAAAAAGACGCCAACUUGCCGUUGCACAUGUCAAUAUGCGAAAGUAUGCCAGCAUCGAAUCAACUCACUCAGAAUUACAAAUAUCGUUUAAGACUACAACAAAGAAAAUUACUUCCGCCAAACUUGACUGCACUCUAUCGUGUGUCCUUUUACGCGAAGGAAAAGCGACAGAUGAAGACAUGCAAUCGAUGGCGUCUCUAAUGUCUGUAAAUAAUAACAGCGACGAUAUUGCCGCGUUAGAGGAUGUAGAAGACGACGAUUUCUCUCUAUGUCAGAACGACAACUCGGUCAAAAGCAGCAUUAACGAAGUGACCCAACAUUUACAACAAAUGACCAACAGCUUGUCGGGCUCCGACUUUGCCAGUACGCCAAUUAGCGUUGCAAGUAUUCAGUCGUUUUCACGAGACGAUAAAACUCCAACAGCUGAGAAUUUUUCACCGAUUGGGGAAAAACCCAAAGCUACGACUGUUCCACCACCUAGAUUUAGCGACUUUGCUGAGGAUGAUGUCGAUCCGUAUUCGGAACAAUGCACCGAACUGUUAGAUAAAUUAGACGCCUUGGAGGAAGACGAAGAGAGUGUGCCUAGACCUAAGAGUGUAAAUUUGAAGUUAAAACCUUUGGAACUGAAGGAACAUAUUGACCUGCCAAAGAACCAACCCCAAAAAUUGACGACUCCAGGGCAAGAUUUAUUAGAGUGGUGUAAGGAAAUGACGAAAAAUUAUCUCGGAGUUAAGGUAACGAAUUUAACGACGAGCUGGAGGAACGGAAUGGCCUUUUGUGCCGUCAUACAUCAUUUUGAACCGAGCUUAAUUGACUUCAAUUCUCUUUCACCUCACGAUGUGAAAGGAAAUUGUAAGAUAGCGUUUGACGCCGGUGAUAAGUUGGGUAUUCCGAGGGUGAUUGAACCGACAGAUAUGCACAUGUUGGCGGUGCCUGAUAAGUUGGCAGUAAUGACUUACUUGCACCAACUGAGGGCACACUUUACGGGUCACCAGUUAGAAGUACAACAAAUCGGUAAAACUUCCGAGGAAAGCAAUUAUGUCAUUGGAAAAUUCAAUACUGAUAAAGACACAGAUAUUACGAAGCAAGUCUUCGGCCAAGAGAUUAUAAAUUUAAGGAAAGCUAAGCAGAAUCAACAGUUGAAUAAAUCGCAAGAUUCGAAAAAAGAGAAAGAGUUAAACCAAACCAAUAAGGAAAUUAGCCAAAAUCAAGACAUGAAAAUUGCCGCUUCAAAACUACAACUUCCAUUAAAAAUCACCAAUGAACCGGCUGAAAGUCCGAAAGAGCCCAAAGAAAAGUCCCCGACUGUUGUGAAAGACAUGAAAGACAUUAUCUUGUUAGGUUCUAAAAGCAUAAUGAGUAAAGUAAUGUCUUCGCCUUCAAAAGACAAAAUUCAGGCUAAGAAAACAGAAGUGAAGAAACCGAUUCUGAUGACACGAAGGGAGCUCACGGAUCCGUUCGGGUCCGAUGAUGAGGAAGAAGUUACUGAUAAUAAAGUCAUCAAUAAUAAAGUACCUGAAGCUGAUGAGAUGAACGGUUCUGGUGAUCAUAAAGUCAAGGAUAAUCAAAACGAUGUGUUCUCGGAUCUUCCCAAACCGAAUGCGGUUUGGCUUGCAAUUAAAAUGUUUUUGACGCGUGUGCAGCAAAUACUUAUGCGACAUUCAGAGCAAAGAGAACGUGCCAGGCAGUUGCUUGAACAGACCAGAAAAGACGCUUCCAUCACCACUUCCCCCACUAGGUCUGAAGAAGAAAGACAAGCGCAACUGCGUGAACGUGCGAGAAAAAUACUCGCAGAAGCUCGGAGAGGGUCCACCCCACAAACUGAGAUUAUUCGACUGAGUCCAGACUCGGUCAAAAACUUUUUAGAAAAUGACGAGAAAAGUUUCCUCGAAGGGAAUGCGAAUUUUGAACGACAAAAUAGCACCGGUUCUGAAAAGAACGGUAAUGUUUAUUCGGAAGCUAAUUCAGAAAAGUCUAGUCCUAGUAAUAGAGAGAGAAUCACUCCAGAUAAGUUACCAGACGAGUUAGGGUUAAAAGAAAUGGGUAUUGAUGUACAUAAUUGGAUCGACAAAGAAAUGGAAGAUUUAGAGCGCGAGCAAAGUGCCAUAGAUGAACAAGCGGCUGUUUUGGAAAAACAGUUACGUCUAGUUAUGGAAUCUCCAAAUAGCAAUGGUGAGGAGGAGGAAGCUCUAAUGGCCAAGUGGUUUAUGUUCGUCAAUAAGAAAAACGCUUUACUUAGAAGGCAAAUGCAACUUAACAUAUUGGAGAAGGAGGCCGAUCUAGAGACGAAAUACAAAAUGUUGAAUAAAGAAUUGCAAAAUAUCGCAUCGAUAGAAGACUGGCGGAAAACGGAGGAGCAGAGAAACCGCGAGCAAAUGUUGUUGGACGAACUUGUGCAAAUAGUUAAUAAGCGAGACGAGCUCGUUCAUCAUUUGGACAAUCAAGAAAAAGCAAUCGAGGAAGAUGAUUUAAUAGAGCAAGAUUUAUCACAGUUGGACUUGCAACCGAAGGAGAAAUGUGUAAUUCAGUAAAUCACUUGGUUAGUUUUGGCAAAUUAUUUUGUAAUUUUCGGCGAAAUUGCUUCAAAUUAAUUACGAUAUUGUAUAUGAAAUGGUGCUUUUAUGUGAUAUUUUAUUUAGAAUUAACGAGCAAUAGAAAUAAAGCUUCUCUGAUUUAACGAUACUUACAAAAUAAUUUGUUUAAUCUCGAAUACAGUUGUGUGUAAAUUAUUAAUUUAUUGCCUUAAUGAACCGGUUUUUAAUAAAAAGACAGUCUUGUUUUUUGAUAUGCUUCAAAAACUACAUGUACGAGUAUUAUUUAAGUCGUAUUAUUUAUUUAAUUGUAAAUGUAAGGAACACAUUCAUUAUGGAUUGGAUAAUCCGAAUUAAAUGAUCUAAAUGGGCUGUAAACUACGCCAUCCACGUGGUAGUGCAAUAUAUUAAGGGAAAUUUUUCUUUGCUACUUUCUAUUAGAAUUGAUCAUGGCUUGGUUGAAAAGUCAGUAUUUUGGUGGUCAUGCAUUCUAAUGUCUAUAUUUUCGAACUUGGUUGUAACAAUCGUUGGAUGUGAAUAGAUUACGCUAUGUAUACAUUUGUACGUAAUUACGUGAUUGUGUUUACCUAUCGUCCUACCAUUAGCUUAAAACUAGUGUUAGUGGUUGUAAAAUAACUUUUUUUAUUGAUGUAUAUUUAUUUGUAAGGUAACCGAUUAAGUUAAUGUAAAUAAACUUAAGAAGACUA